AAUAGGAGCUGAGGAGAGAAUUGAGUUGUUACCUGUCCAGAAUUCCAUCUUUCUCCUCCCGACACGUCCCGAACCCGUACACUCGCUCAAUUUACAACUUAAUCAUGCCGUGAGCGGCGCCUCGCCGUUUGAGACCGAGCGUCCGAUCCGGGCCGGAGGAGUCCGGUACGGACGCACACAACAGGUCAGUACGUUACUGAUAUCCAGAGAGAACAGAGCCAUCGAAACUUUGUCAAAUAAAACCUUUCCAAAAUGGAAACCGGGCCUUUAUUCAGUGCCAUGCAACAGCAUUCAUAUUCCCAAAGAGCCAGCUUGGAAUCCUUGUCCACGGAUGAUAUGAGAUAUCUUCUCAUCCUGAUGGGAACAAUCACGAUCAUCUCCUUCAUCCUGGUCGUCUCCGUCGUCUCUAUCCUCAUAGCAUUCAUCUGGUAUACCAGAAGACGUUUCAACAAUUUGAAGUGCAGUUGCAACAAGGGGCGUAACCAACAAACUGUUGAGAGUGGGCGUGGUUAUUCAAUGCCCAGUAUGCCUGAGUGUGGGCGUAUACACGGCGUGAGUAGUAUUCAUGAGAAAGAGAUAAACCAGUAUAAUUAUCCAACUGUCAGACAGUCGUCUCAAUUACCCCGAGUUCAGGGACUAGGAUCAGGUCAAACUAUCCUGCAGGGACGCAACCCUAUUCUUAGGAUACCUGGAGUACCAAGCUCAGUUAUAGUAAACCCUCUCCCUCCAACCAGUCUUCAAGAUUUAGUGAUCCAACCUCAACCUAGACACCCGUCCCAUCCAAUUUAUAACCCUAAAGAUGAAUUGGAGAAGAUAGGGUCGAACCCGGAGCCGGUUGAACCUAUCUACCAAGAAAUUAAACCAAGGACGGAUAAGGAUGAGAAGAGAGAAGUGGAGGAGGAGCAAGUGAGAAAUAAACUAGAGGAAGUUUCGUCUCAGGGGAGAAAGAAAGAGAUCGAAUAUUGGCAAAUAACCGCCAAAGAAGUUGUAAAGUUUCGUCCCUGCACUGAAACUUUUAUAAACCGAUCCUAAAUCAGAAAUAAUAUAUAUAACUUAUAUAUUCAAACCUUACUUAGUAUCCCUGUCCCGAACCUGUACUUCAGAACCUGUACUUGUUAGAACCUAUAAUUUUGUAGAUGAACUUAACCGGUACGUGUUAAAAAUUAGUUCUGAAUCUGACUUAAGAACAUGUACUUGUAAAUUGUACUCCUAAGUUCGUACUCCGGAACCAGCUACCUGAACCUGUAUUCCUGAAUCUGUACUACUGCACCGGUACUCCUGAACCAGUACUCCUGAACCUGUAAUCCUGAACCUGUACUCCUGAACCUGUGCUCCUAAAUCACUACUCCUAAACCUAUAAUUCCUGAAUCGAUUCUUCUAAACCAGUACUCCUAAAGCUGUACUUCUAAAGCUGUACUCCUAAACCUGUACUACUGAACCUGUACUUUGAAACAUACCUAUAUAUUCUCUGAGUACAGAUCUUUUGGCUGUGAGCUUAAUGAAAUAUUUAUGAACGUGUCUAAAAUUCAUUAAAGAAUGGUUCCUCAUAGAUUAAUUUAGUUGAAAAUAAAUUAUUA